CGUACGUCUAAAGCUCGAGGGCGGACCGGGAACCGUGACUCGAGCUGACCUUAAAUCGGUGUGGACGCACGCAGACAGGACACUCGUUAACGGGUUCUAUGCGGGAUCAUGCGCUCGAUUUGGGGUUUAUUUGCGGUGGUGGCAGCAGCCACGUUCUACCUCUAUAUGCUGUCGGCUUUUCUGCCCCCCGGUCCGCCUCGCGCGCAAUAUCACAACCCCACGGCGGACACGGGCGCGCGCGCUGAGGACAGCAGUGCAGAUGAAGAGGAGCUCCGGCUGCAUUUCCCUUCAGACCUGGAGGAGCUGCGAGAUCUGGCCGAGCUGCUCAAGUUUUAUAAGCAACAACACACAGGUUAUGUGCUCGUGCUGUUCUGCAGCGCCUACCUCUACAAGCAGUCCUUCGCCAUUCCUGGUUCCUCCUUCCUGAACAUGCUGUCAGGAGCGCUGUUCGGCCCGUGGUACGGCCUCCUCAUUGCCUGCACUCUCACCACAGUGGGCUCCACUAACUGCUACCUGCUGUCUCGUACGUUCGGCAAACGACACGUGAUCCGCUUCUUCCCAGAGAAAGUGGCCAUGUUACAGAAGAAGGUGGAAGAAAACAGAAGCAGUCUGUUCUUCUUCCUGCUUUUCCUGCGCUUCUUUCCAAUGACACCCAACUGGUUCUUGAAUGUAACUUCUCCCAUCCUCAACAUCCCCAUCCCCAUGUUCUUCUUCUCUGUCCUUAUUGGUCUGAUCCCCUACAACUUCAUCUGCGUGAGGACGGGAGCCAUCUUGUCAGAGAUCACGUCACUGGACGGCAUCUUCUCUUGGGGAACUCUGCUGCAGCUGCUGCUCAUAGCGUGUGUAGCCCUGCUGCCCGGCGCCGUCAUCCGCCGCUACAGUCAGUCGCACCUCAAACUGGACGGCAUGCAGCCCAACGGCCAGAAAAAACAGCUCAAUGAGCUUAACGACCUCAAAAACAGAUGACCUGCAGUAGAUCAGGGAUCUGCAGGGGCACAGCACUGAACAGGAGGUGAUUUCUAGAAUCACUGCAUUGUUCAGACUAAUAUUUAAGUCCAGUUUUGUCACAACAGUUUUCGUGUAAAUGUUUAACAACUUUGUAGCAAAUUACUAUUUCUAAUAUUCAGUGAGUCACUUAAGCAAAGACUGUUGGGAAAGUUACUCUUUCACACACUGUGCCAAAGAGGAGACCUGUAAUGCCUUAAACUAAAAUAGAACCUGAAAAAAAAUUGUUUCAGUUUGUUUAUAAAGGGUGUGUUUCUAAUGUGCCUUUGCCCUUGUUGGAACAUUAAAGGAAUAAUAAAAAUGGCAUUUACGCAAUUACCAAUUUUCCCCUAAAUGCAGCUGAUCAGACAUUUUGUUGACUGAUGCAAAAAUACACUGUCUGAUUGACUGCAUUUACAGGAAAUCGGAAAAUAAUGUACAUUUCCCUCAAAAUAUUCCUUUAAUCCUUAUAAAUGCUUGUGCAGUGUUUGUCAGUUGUGUCUCAGGUGCUGAAAGUUUACACAUUUGAUAGUCCAGUAUUUAUUGUUGCACUGUAAACUUAUUUAUAUCUGCUUGUAAAAUACCAGAGAAAGUAUUUUUAUUUAUUACGACUAAAAAAGAAUUCAGUUCGAUUUACGCCUUAAAAUGUGUCCUCACACCUUUUAUUUAAAAAUAUAUAUUUCUAAAGAUUUCUAAAGAAAGCGAGUCAGGAGUGUGAACAGUUUAAUACUCUGAGCAUUAGCUUUGUGUUCUGAGUUCAAACCUCAAGUAUCUGUGAAGUGAGUUCAAGUUACUUAAACGUGCCUUAACUCAUGCCUUAAAGUUUUUUACUUACAUUUACAUUAACAGAGAGAAAAUAAAAUAGACAUCGUCUAAAUGUGCUUUUAUCCCAUGAAUGCUGCUUUUAUUGGAACUCCGCCUCAGCUUGACAGAACAUGCAUGUAUUUUAAUGCGACUAUUAUUUUCAGCGUGAUGUACUGAAUUUUUUUUUUCAUAUUUAUAUUGCUUUUGUUGAAUUUUAUGUAUAGCUUGUUUUCUUGAUCUGAUCUCACUACGUCUUAAAGAAUAUGAAUUACUUAAUGUUUUAUUUGAUAUUUAGAA